AUGGUAGACACCAAUGGAGCUACAGCUGGAAAUCGUCGUCCAAAUGCGGGAAGCGGAGGAAAUGGCGGCGCUUCGCAGGCCAAACCGAGACAUGCUGCUGUUGCCAAGCCCAUCUCCAAUUCAAAGUUGGUUAAGCCUCUGUGUCACUCGUGGCCUGCUCUGCACCUUCUCCAUAUACAGGUGGCGCCCAAAGGACAAGUGGCCGCUCUCGGCGUUCGUGAAGGCUGGCGGUUGACGAACAUCGGCAAAAAUGAUUUUACGGUAACGGCGACGUCAACACCAAAGCACAUUCUCGAAGCCCUCGCUGCUGCCCGCAAGAGGGGCACCACGUACACGCUUGGGUUUUCGACAGGGGGUGCAGAUGAGGCACCGAACGGAGCAGUACGUGCCGAGGAACAAUCAAUUGUAGAGGCUUGUGACGGCAGUAGGGUGGACAAUGCGGUCAGCGAGACAGCCGGUGGUGAGGCGGCUACGGCUGGGCCGGCGUCAGGGGGUGAAACAGGAAAUAGUGACCAGGUGUGCGUGGAGGGCAAGGAACUAGAACAAGACCGGAAAAAGGGUGCCUCUGCCGGCGUGGAGAUAGGCGAAAAUGGUGAGACGAAGGAGACCGAAGGAAAAGGUGAAGGACAGGUCUUCGGCGGGAAAGAUGUUCCAUCCUGCAAGGCCGAGACGGGAAGAGGCGAUGGAGAGGUGACGCUCAUGUACGAGAUGUACGACGAAAAGUUUCCCAUUAAGGAUGGUUCCAUUAGUGCCGCCGAAAUUGACGAGACCUACUGCCUGAGCUUCGUGAUGCCGAACUGCACACUUCACCUUGGGCCGUUGGGCCCGGCGGACCGAUAUGCUCGAGAAAAUGAAGGGGAGCUUGUGCCCUACCUUGAAGAGAAUCCUUCAGGAACAUUUCACGGGCUGGAGGACGGGGAGGUUUAUUGGGUGUACGUUUCAAGGGAUGACGAGGAGGAGAAGCAAGACAGAGAGAGGAUGAAACAGGUGGUGCAAGGCAUGAAGCAAGACUUACCAGAAGACGGUGAAUUCGUCAACCGGAAAGACGACGGGCGGAACGGUCUCGAGAGUUGCAGUUGCGUGUAUGGUAACCCUUGCGUUGACGAAUAUGGCUGCAAGGACUGGCAUUCACGCUAUGCAGUGGCAAAGGCGAAUGGAUGGAAGGGCUUCUAG